AUGGAGACUCCUCAACCAAGCACCGCGGACUCUGCGUAUCAACAUCAAACUCAUCCUUCCAUUGAGCUCGUCCAUUUGUGUCUGUCUGAGCACGCCACAUCUCAAACACUGGAUGAGGAGGUUCCCAUGCAUCCUCUACGCGCAGACACCACUGGACCAUCAGACGACUUGUUGCAUCGCUCACGUAGUUCUACGUUGCAGAAGUCUUCUGGGCUCUCACGUGGAUUAACCUCACAAAAUACUACACGCCCACUGAAUCCUCCAGCAUCGCAUAUCCCGUCAGGAACACAGCGAGUUCAAGGCUCGAACUCGAUCCGGGUCGGAAUCACUGAGGCCCCAUCGAGUCAUGGCGAGUCCCAGUCCAGGCUCGCACAAAAGCUGACGCUGGCCCGACGUGUCGAAAAGUUCUGGCUCCAUUGGUCCACAGCAUAUCGUCUGAUAAUCGCUUAUACCGUGCUCGUCAAUGGGUGCCUCAUCGUCUACAUCAUGAAUCGCCACCGCACUCCUUCGAACCUCCUCAUCGCGACAUCUACCAAUCUGCUUGUUGCAGUCGCCAUCCGGCAAGAAGACCUUAUCAAUGCCAUCUUCACAUUCUUCGCCAAGACGCCGUCUACCUGGCCACUGGGACUUCGCAAAGUCAUAGCAGACGUGCACCACUACGGCGGCUUGCACAUUGGCUGUGCGGUAUCCGCCUUGUUCUGGUACAUUGCCUUUGUCGCCGAUAGCACGGUCAAAAUUGUCCAUCACCAACACUCAUCUACCAUGACGCCAUGGCUUUGGGGAUCCAUCGUCACCUCGUACGCCUUCAUGGUCUGCUUGGUAGCGGUAUGUAUAACGGCGCAUCCACGGCUCCGGGCGAAAUUCCACAACACCUUCGAACACACGCACCGCUUCGGCGGAUGGCUCGCCCUCGUCGUCCUCUGGAUCAACUCGGGCGUUGCCUCCCACGACCCAGCCAACACGACCCGCCUCUACAAGACGGCACCCCUCUGGCUCCUCCUCACCACCACAUGCCUCGUCAUCCUCCCCUGGCUCCGCAUCCGACGCGUCCCCAUCACCACCCAACUCGUCAGCGCACGCGAAGUCAAAAUCACCUUUCCCUAUGCAAACAUGCCCUACACCUCGACCGUCAAGUUCUCCCGCUCCCCCCUCGACGAAUGGCACGCCUUUGCCACCACUCCCUCCCCAGACACCACCUCAGCCACCAUCAUCGUCUCCCAGGCCGGCGACUGGACCCGCACCAUCAUCAACGCACCCCCACCCACCCUCUGGAUGCGCAACCCCCCAACCCAAAACUUCCUCGCCCUCACCCCUCUCUUCUCCUCCCUCCUCCUCGUCGCAACAGGCGCUGGCAUCGGCCCCGUCCUCUCCCUCCUCACCUCCCCGACCAUCCGCCGUAUGCGCGACGCAGGCCGACUCGUCAAGGUGCUGUGGACCGUGUACGCGCCCGAGGCCGAGCACUGGCGCUUCGUACAGGAUAUUAUCCGCGCCGUGGACCCGGAACCAGUCAUCUAUGACUCUCGUCAGGCGCGGCCCGAUGUUGCGUUUGAAGCAAAGUAUCUGGCUAGCACGCGGGAGAUUGAAGCGGUCAUGGUGGUGAGCAAUCCGGGGGUGACGGCGGCGGUGGUGCGUGGGGUCAAGGCACAGGGUGGGUGUGCUUAUGGUGCCGUUUUUGAUUCUUGA